UAAGAUACAGUUCUGCAGUUUGGAUUUCAUCGCAAACUUCACAAAAAAUGGAACGCCUAGAAAACUUCACAGCAGCACCAGCGAGCCUCUUCUUGAACACGGAUGUGCGCGCGGCGGAGUCCCAGGCCGCCGCCGUCGAAGGCGACGGGAGCGCAUACCUCUACAUGCUGAUAGUCAUGUCAUUCUACGCGGUGUUCCUCUGCGGUAUCAUGCUGGGCUACUUUCGCUCCAAGAGGAAGGAGAAGAGGAGGAUCAACAUCUUCACGCGCCUGGUGCACGAGGUGGAGCAAAGGGAGUGGGGCGCUCUGCCCAAGAAGCAUAGCGCCACCUUCCCGGCCGCAGUCUCGGGGCUGCGCGCCGUGCAAGUUUCCUUGCCGUUCUGCGGUUACCACGGCAACCACUCCGGAGCCCUCAGUCACGAGGGUUUUCUGCCGUCUCCACUGGCGUGCGCGCUGUGCGCGGAGCAAAGCAGCGUCAGCUCCCUGUGCUCCUCAGCGGAUACGCGCCUGACCAUUGAGGAGGAGGAGGCCGACAGCGGCGCGGCAGAGGGACCGCAGGCUGCACCAGCGGAGCACGGCGGAGACGAUUCAGGCUGAACCUUACCCUGGCUUUAGAUCCAAAGAGUGAAAAUUAGCUCCGAGAUAAAAGAUGAAGAAAAACAGCUUGAGGGAAAACAUGAGUGGCCCUUAAAUGCGUUAUUAUUGGGCCUCCAAAGGAGACAGUCGGCAGCUGUGAAGCCCUAAAUUUGUUCGUGAAACUCCAUAACCAACAUCUGUGACGCGCCAUACGCAAGGAAGA